ACACCUCAAUCCGAUGGCAUCCUAAAAUAAUCUCUACCCUGAUUCAAUUCAAUUCGAAGACCAUGGUAUGAAGCCAUGCCCGACCCUUGACUUGUCUAUUUCUUUUUUUUAUAUGUUGUCUGUGUAUUCUUGAUUCCCAUUGUCUUCAACUCUAACGCUAUCCCUCCCGUUUUCCUGUCCGCUCCGCUUCUUCUUCUUCUUCUGCUUUUCGUUUCAACUCGUCAACCAUUUGGGCAUUGAAUUGCAUCGGGGCUGGACCGCGAUCAUGGCCUCACCCUCGUUCGAUCCCGCGACCCGAAAGAAGGUUUUGCGGGUCAUUACCUUCUCUCUCCUUCUCGACCUGAUCUCGUUCACAUUCAUCCUUCCCCUCUUCCCGAAACUGCUCGAGUUCUACCGCGACCGAGAAGCUCCGGCCGCCAUCUCCGGAAACCCCAACACCCUCCUCCAGACCGUUCUCAGCUACCUGAACAAAUACAAGGCCUCCUUUUCUCGACCCAUUGAUUCUCGCUAUGACAUUGUUCUUCUCGGUGGUGCACUGGGAAGUCUCUUUUCCCUCUUGCAAGCCAUUGCGUCACCCCUCAUCGGCACCCUAUCCGACCGCCAUGGCCGCCGCACGGCGCUCCUCGCCUCCAUGAUGGGAAACAUCCUCUCGGUCCUCCUCUGGGUCGCGGCCGUCGACUUCCGGACCUUCGUCGCGUCCCGCGUUGUCGGCGGCCUGUCCGAGGGCAACGUCCAGCUGGCCACCGCCAUGGCCACCGACAUCUCCGACGAAGCCUCGCGCGGCUCGACCAUGGCGCUCAUCGGGGCCUGCUUCAGCGUCGCCUUCACCUUCGGCCCGGGCAUCGGCGCUUACCUCAGCACCAUCCCCACCGUCCGGGAGAAUCCCUUCGCCACCGCGGCCGGCGUCAGUCUCGCCCUGAUCGUCACCGAGACUGUGUACCUGUACUUCUACCUGCCCGAGACCCUCCCUGCCUUGACCGGUCGGGGCGGGAAGACGAAGGGCGGACACGAGAAGAAGAAGGAGGGGAAGGGGGAGGGGGAGGGGGAGACAUCGGCGGGCGCCACGCGAGGACAGCAGCAGCAGCAGCAACAACAACAACAACAACAACAACAACAACAACAACAACGGACAAAUUCGCAUCUCACGCUCAACGCCAUCCACUUCGCCUUCCUGCUCUUCUUUUCCGGCAUGGAAUCCUCCCUGUCCUUCAUGACCUACGACCUCUUCGGCUUCGGGUCCGCCAAGAACGGCCGCCUCUUGGGCUUCGUCGGACUCGUGGCGUCGAUCCUCCAGGGCGGCGUCACGAGGCGGCUCCCGCCCCUGACGUCGGUGCGUCUGGGCACCGUCGCGUGCCUGUCGGCCUUUGUGCUGCUGGGCCGCAUCACCACCACGGGCGGGCUGUACGCGGCCGCCACGUGUCUGGCCGUGACGUCGGCCACCGUGGUCACGGGCCUCAACGCGCUCAGCAGCUUCGAGGCGGGCGAGGGGGAGCGCGGCGGGAAGCUGGGCAUGCUCCGGAGCUGGGGUCAGCUGGGGCGCGGGCUCGGUCCCAUCCUGUUCACGAGCGUGUACUGGUGGGCCGGGCGCGAGGUCGCGUAUGGCAUGGGCGCCGUCGGCAUGGUGGUUGUCGUCUCGGCCGUUUUCGCCGGGCUGAAGACGCCUCCUGGUUCGGGCAAGGUUAAGGCGACGGGGGAGAAGAAGGCACAGUAAGGGGUAAGGGAGAGACGGACGAGAAGAGGGACUGCACCAACGGUCUAGGCAACGUUUAUCUUAUGUACCUAUACUUUCGCUUAUAUGAUACAAAUUGCAGGGAGGAGCUGCUAUGCAUAGUAUAGUGUAGACUGCACUGCAUGUGGACUCGAAAUGACGAAUAGUUAAGUAACGGCUU